AUGAAAUUCCUUACAUGGAAUGUCAGGGGCUGCAAUGCCCCUGACAAGCGAUGCUUGAUCAAAAGAGGUUUUGGUCAGGCGAAGCCAAAAGUUAUUUGCAUUCACGAAACAAAGUUAGGUAGUGAAGAAGCGGCUAGAUUUCUUGGUGUUAAACAGAGGUGGUCUGGUUUUUUUGUGGAUUCGGAGGGGGCUUCAGGUGGGUUGGGUAUCUUAUGGAACCCCCAAUUAGUGAAAGUGGAAGCUGUCUCAAGUUCUAGAUACUGGCAGAUGGCAAAGGUAAACUCAAGGAUUUUCAACUUUUCAAGUUUCUUAAUCAAUGUUUAUGGUCCUACUAAAAUAGCGGAUAAGUGCCAACUAUGGGAGAAAAUUUCCAAGAUUUUAGAGGAUGUAAGGUCGGCCUUAACGAUUGUUGUGGGGGAUUUCAAUGACACUCUUUCCUAUUCGGACAAACGUGGAGGGGUGAAAAGGAUGUGCAUGAUUCAAUCUGAUUUUCAAAACUUUGUGGAUUCCAACACCUUGUUUGAGGUGGCUGCUAAAGGGGGGAACUUUACAUGGACCAAAAGGUGGUUGGGCUUCUCCAACAUUGCUGAGAAAAUCGAUAGGUUCUUUCUAGCUGGGGAAUGGAACUUGGCUCCCCUUAUCUUUGAGGUAGAAAUCUUGGCUAUUUCAGGUUCAGACCACUUCCCGGUCUCUCUAGUUGUGCAGAGGGAUGGAGUUCCGCUCAUAUGUCCCUUCAAGGUGGAAAAGAUGUGGCUAAGGCAAUAG